AUGGUGGCCGGCUUGCGGCUGAUUCUCGGGUCGACUGACGCUCUCGCCACGGUAUCUGCGCAGUCGUGUCUGCAGCAACAACAUCUUGCUCCUGUGGACACGGUAGACGCGGUCGUGAAAACUAGGUCGGGCGCGACAGGCGUGGUGUCGAUCUCGUAUGGUUCGACGUUGACUGAUUCCACGUUUGAAUUCACUUGCGACGGGGGUGUCGUGACACUGAACGGGGAUCGAGUGACGGUCAACGGAACUGGGUAUGAGGUGCCCUUCGAGGGUCGCUGCGUCAACAAGGAGAUCGGCGAGUUCGGGGCGAGCAUUGUCGGAGGCACCGGCAUUGCGGCGGCAUUGCGACCGGAAGAAGCGCUGGCUGAUCUGGAAGUGAUGGAAGGGAUGUUCACGAGCAGUUCAGAGGAUGGAGAGAAGAAGCGAUUGCAAUUGCAAAUAAAGACCAGUCCUUAG